AUUCUAAUGAUUUGCUUGUAAGUUGUGUUGGAGGGCAUACACGUGAAUAUUUAUUUGCUUCCGACCAAAGAAUUUUAGAUAAAUAUACUACUUUAUUGGAAUCUGAUAAUGUUGACACCUGCAUUUGAUUUAACUCAAGAUGAUAAAUUUUUAAUAAUAUCCAUUCAAGUUCCCUAUGCUAAGUUUUCUGAAUAUGAAGUGCAUUUUGAAGAUGAUGAAUUUAUGUUUUUCUGCAAACCAUAUUACUUAAAAUUGAAUCUUCCUGGUAAAGUUGUAUAUAUUGAUCAGCCAAAAUGUGAAUAUGAUUUUGAAAAAAGAAUUUUUAAAGUUUAUGCUCCUAAAGCUCAAAGAGGAGAAGUAUUUGAAGGUUUAGAUUUGGUAAAUAUAUUGCUAAAACCAAAGAAAUGCAAAGUUGUUGGAACACCUAAAAUUGAAGUACUUGAAAGUACAAAUGAUGUAGACGAAAACGAUGAGGAAUUUGAUUGGAGCAUAGAGCAAGUUCCAAGUGAAGAUGAAUUUGGAAGUUUGAAUAUCACUGGACAACAAUGUGGCUUUGCUAACAAUUAUUCAUUUUCUGUUUUUAAUUUAAAGGAAGAAGCUCAAGAAAUUUUUGAUGUUUCUGAACCUCAGUCUAAAACACCCAAAACUCGUUCAAUUGAAAGAAUACAAAUUGAAAACAAAAAAUUUGAUGAAGAACAUUAUUUAGCUGAUCUUUAUAAUGAUGAAGAAAUCCAGCAAUUAAUUUUGUACAAUCCUGAGUGGGUGACUUUGUAUGAUGAAAUUGAAAACAAACCUCCAGAUGAUAUAAUUAAAUUUACUUCAGAAGAAAAAGAGAGACUUAGAAAACUUCCUUGCAAAGAAUAUUUACUUGAUAAAAAUCAAAAGAAAACAGCUUAUUUAAGUUUGAUUGACAUAUUGUUUGCAUAUGCUUAUAACAAAAGAACUACAGAAGGGGAAAACACUGUUGAAUCUGCUUGGACAAUUAAUAAAAUUUCUGCAACUUUGUCUUGGUUAGAGACUUAUUCGUCUAUUCAGCAAGUAGCAAUCACGAGUAUUAGGAGAUCUCUUAUAUAUCCAUUGUACAGGCAUUUUGAAUUAUCUGUGACAAUACUGGAAGAUGUGAGAAAAAUCAUGAUGCUGGGUAUAAAAUAUAUUAUGAAAUGCCUCUUAGAAAUUCAUGAAAUGUUUAAUCUCAGUGAACCAAGAUAUAUAUUGAAUGAUCUCUUUAUUGUGGAUUAUAUUGUAUGGAUACAAAGAUGCCCAGCCACAAAAUUAGUUUCAUUAGCUGCAGCUUUAGAAAAAGUUCUUCUAACAAAAGGAGAUAUAGGGCUCAACUUAGUUGAUAUUGAAACAUUAGCCAAAGUUGCUUGGAUGUCAAGAGAAUCAUUUUUAUUAGACUCAAGUGCAACUAAGGAAUCCAAAACAAAUAUGGAAGAUAAACAACCCGAUCAUUCUCAGACUUCUACAGAUAAAACUCUUAGUUCCCAGAUUGAAAAACUAUCGCUCGAUGCGCAUUCAAGAGCAAGUGAAGAAUCUAAUUCAGAAUAUGAAGAAUGCAGUUCGUGCACAUCAGGUUCGAGUGGUACCAGUUCAAGUACUUAUGAAACAGAUAGUAGUGUAGAUAGUGAUGAUGACAGUGACAGUGCAUCUGAUGAGAGCGAUGAUGAUUCGGAAACUUCUGAUAGUGAUAAUAAUUCAUAUUGCCGUUUGUUGAGAGGAGCAUCAAUUCAAGAAUGGUACAUGUGAUGAUGUCUUUAAAGCUAAAAUUCUAUAUUAAUCAUUUUAUGCUGGAUUGUGAUAUCAUAAAAGGAGAAUGUAUAUUAUUAUUUUAAAGGGGUCAAUCACUAAAUAGUUUUUCUCUGUGGGAAGAUAUCUAUGUUUUUUAUGUCUUGAUUAUUCAAGAAAAGGAAUUACUGAAUUUUUUUAAUUUAUAAGAAUAGAAAAUUAGAUUUUUUUUUUAAGUUUAAAUCAUUGUAUUUUAGUGCUUUUAUUUUUGCAGAUAGUAUUUUUAUUAAUAGAUGUAUUAAAUGUAUAUUUUUAAACUGUGGAUUUGAAAGCAUUAAAAUAAUAUUUGUUGCAUUUAAUGCAAUAUUUUUUCCCCCUGAGCUGAAGUUAUCUGCAUUUAAAAAAAGUUGCAUUUUUUAAAAAACCACAAUUAGAAUUGUUUCAUGAAUGUAUUUAGCACUGUGAUAUUUGUUUGAAUAUAUUAUAUUCCUGAUAAUGUAAUUCCUAGUAAAAGUUUUAUAUUUUAAGGGUGCAGAUCCUUAGAUACUAAAAAAAAGGCCAAAUAUUUUUCUAAAUUACAUCAGUUUCUCUAAAAAUAUGUGCCUUACUUUUAUUGCCUGUUAUGUUAAUG